AUGAACGACACCACCGAAAACUGGACCCGGAGACUACUCCGGCAGCGGGUUGUUCGGCUGACGUUCGCCUGCAGUGCGGUGUUCGGCCUAAUCACGAGUGGAGUGGUGAUGGCCAUUCUCGCCUACAAAGGCAGCCUGCCCGGAUUCCACAAGUUCUCCAUAAGAACUUGCCACUCUGCCGACUGCCUCUACGUGUCCGAGAUGAUCAGGGCCUCCGUCAACGCGUCGGUCGACCCGUGCCACGACUUCUACCAGUACGUCUGCGGCUCGUACGCUGAAGCGCGUACGGUAGAUCGGCUUAUCGCGGUGUCUAUACGUACUGACAGCAUAUUCAGAGCGCUGCUGAGUGCCUCACUGGCGAACAGGACUACGCCUCCGGCUUCUUCGGCUGGCCGCAAGGCCAACACUCUCUACAAAUCCUGCCUCGAUGUAGUUGCCAAGAAGCAAAAUGACAUGCCCGUGCUCACUAAGUUCCUGGGCACCCAUGGUUUAGACCUAAGAUCGCUGAACACGAAAGAAAGUUCCUUGGAAGUCAUAUUCCAGCUAUAUUUUCAAUACGGCAUCACGGCUGUCUUCGCGUUCAACCUAGCGGAGUUCAUAACGAGAGACUUCAAGCGUGAACUCCUGUUCCGAAUCGACAAGAACCUAUUGGCCUGGUACAAGUAUCGCGCGGCACUGAUAAAGAUGGGGUCUAUCGGAUACUUCAUGGGCGUGUUCUUGAGACAAUAUGGAGACCAAGCGAAGGCAAUCGCACAGACCAUUUACGACAAAGAGAACAAGGCUCAGCUAGUAAUGGCGCAGGUCUCCUCGCGCUUUGCCCCAAAUGCCACCGAUUUCUAUUCGGUGCAGAUAAGCAACAUCAGCGCUUUCACGCCGAACACAGUGAGUCGCGAGGAGUGGACGCGCUUGAUGCUCAAGUACGCCGGCACGCUGUACACGGCCGACGAUAGCAUUCUCGUCGAAAAGAGAGCUCUGGCCUACCUGCAGGCGCUCUACGCUACCAUAGGAGCAAGUGGGCUCAAGCUCCUAGUUGCCUGGACUGUGCUUCGCUCCUAUGCCAGUUACGUAGAUGUGUCUGUGGCUACUUUCUUCUACGAGGAUUACAAGCAUGAAUGUCAGAUGCGAGUAGACAGGCUCAUGCCCGUGGCUUUCCACGCCCAGCAGCUGUUCGCGGUGGCGCCUCCUGAAUCCGCGCGAACGGCUCGCGAAAUCGCCUUCAACGUCAGGGAAGGUGCCAAGACGAUGUUCACCGACUCCGUCUGGCUCGACAACUACGCCAGAGCGGUGGCCUUAAGCAAACUGUCGGGCAUCGUCUUCCACAUGGGCUACCCUGAUGACCAGGACUCGCAGGCGGCCCUGGACGCCUACUAUGAAGACCUGGCCUAUCCAUCGGAUCGACCAUUUCUGAACGCGUGGCUGAACGCCUCGCGUCACUACCUUCGCAAGCUGCUUGACAAAAACACGGCCUUCAUGUUCGCCGUGGACGAGGUCAACGCUUUUACAACACAGGCGCCAACCAGAGACGGAGUAGCCUCAUUCAACUACGGAAGCCUAGGUCACGUCAUCGGCCACGAGAUCAACCACGCGUACGAUGUCCGGGGCAUCAACGUGGACGAGAAAGGGUUCUUGGUCUCUUGGAUGCUGCCUUCGUCAUUGGAACGCUACAAGGAGAGCACCCGCUGCCUGCGGAAGGAGCACGAGAGCGUCCUUGCCUGGCGCUCGAUGGUUCUGGUGGACGACCUCGACUCCGAGAAUAUCGCCGAUUUCGCGGGUGCCCGCGCGGCGUACGAGGCAUUUCGCAGUCUCCCGGGAGAAGAGAAGUUUGCUCGGGUACCGGGACCUUUCUAUCCUGAGCAGCUUUUUUUCAUCGCCUUCUGCCUGAAAUGGUGCGAGGGCCAUUUCAACCCUAGACGCAGGGAGGGCAGGUACGCCCCGGGCUUCGGAAGAUGCGUGGUGCCCCUUCGUAACAUGCGUGAGUUUGCGGACGCUUUUCACUGCGAGCGCAACACGCGCAUGAAUCCGGAGAGCAAGUGUUCCUUCUGGUGA